AUGCCUUUCAAAGCUGGAUUAGAACUGACUGAAUUGCAGAAUAUGACUGUCCCUGAAGAUGAUAACAUCAGCAAUGAUUCAAAUGAUUUCACAGAGGUGGAAAAUGGCCAGAUAAAUAGCAAGUUUAUUUCGGAUCGAGAAAGCAGAAGAAGUCUUACAAACAGCCACCUGGAGAAGAAGAAAUGCGAUGAAUAUAUCCCAGGAACUACUUCACUGGGGAUGUCUGUCUUCAACCUCAGCAAUGCAAUUAUGGGCAGUGGGAUUUUGGGUCUCGCUUUUGCCUUGGCCAACACGGGAAUUCUCCUUUUUCUGCUGCUUUUGGUUUCAGUGACGCUGCUGUCUAUUUAUUCAAUAUAUCUCCUGUUGGUGUGUUCAAAGGAAACAGGCUUCAUGGUAUAUGAAAAGCUGGGUGAGCAGGUCUUCGGUACCCCAGGGAAAAUGAUUGUCUUUGGAUCUACAUCUCUCCAGAAUGUUGGAGCAAUGUUGAGCUAUCUCUUCAUAGUCAAAAAUGAGCUGCCUUCUGCCAUAAAGUUUCUAAUGGGAAAAGAAGAAUCGUUUUCGGCAUGGUACGUGGAUGGGCGGAUUCUUGUUGUCACAGUGACGUUUGGUAUAAUCCUCCCUUUAUGUCUCCUUAAGAACUUAGGGUAUCUUGGCUAUACCAGUGGAUUUUCAUUAAGCUGCAUGGUAUUUUUCCUGAUAGUGGUUAUUUACAAGAAGUUUCAAAUUCCCUGUGGCGGAUCGGAGCUAAAUGCAACAUCACCUAUCCUAUCAAAUAGCUCAGCACAUGAACAUAUGUGUAAGCCAAAGUAUGUUAUCUUUAAUUCCAAGACUGUGUACGCUUUGCCCACCAUUGCUUUUGCGUUUGUGUGCCACCCGUCAGUCCUCCCGAUUUACAGCGAACUUAAAGACCGUUCACAGAAAAAAAUGCAGUUGGUUUCAAAUAUCUCAUUUUUUGCCAUGUUUGUGAUGUACUUUAUGACUGCCAUAUUUGGCUAUUUGACUUUCUACGACAAUGUGCAGUCAGAUCUGCUUCACAAGUACCAGAGCAAAGAUGACAUCCUCAUCCUGACUGUGCGCUUGGCUGUGAUCGUUGCGGUGAUACUCACAGUGCCGGUGCUGUUUUUCACUGUGCGUUCAUCAUUAUUUGAGCUGGCUAGAAAAACAAAAUUUGACUUAUGCCGUCAUGUUUUAGUUACUUUUGUUCUUUUGGUUAUCAUCAACCUGUUAGUCAUUUUUAUCCCGACCAUGAAGGAUAUUUUUGGAGUUGUAGGGGUCACUUCUGCCAAUAUGCUGAUUUUCAUUCUUCCUUCAUCGUUGUAUUUAAAAAUUACACAGCAGGAUGGAUCAAAGUUGACUCAGAGGAUUUGGGCUUCUCUUUUCUUGGCACUGGGGAUAAUGUUUUCCCUAGUGAGCAUUCCCUUGGUCAUCUAUGACUGGGUACAAUCAGGAGGCAGUGCCGAAGGCCACUGAA